AUGACGGCGAUGACGGGGGAGAACGAGUUCGAGACGUCGAGAGAUUUUCAUAGCGUCAAGCUGGAGUACUUCAAGACCAAGGCGCGGGAGGCGCUGGCGCGUGGGAACCAUAGAGAGGCGUACGAGACGUACACGAAAUGUUUGAAGGAGCUCGCGCCGAAGGACGCGAACGAGCGGGCGAGACUGUUGAGCAAUCGCUCGAUGGCGUACGCCAAAUCGGCAAACUAUAAGGCGGCUCUCGAGGAUGCGAACGCGGCGAUAUCGGCUUCACCAAACUUCGCCAAGGCGUGGUGGCGGAAAGCAUCCGCGCACGUUGGUUUGAGACAGUUUCCGGAUGCGCUCUCGGCGUACAAGGUAUCGCUCGAACGUCAAGUCGAAGGGGAAGAGGGCGUCUUCAAAGAGCACGUCAAGUCUAUAAAUCGUACGAUUACGUCAUUCACGCGCGAGCAGUUGGGGAAUUGGAUCCUUGAAGAGUUGACAGAGAUGGAGAAGCGCGAGCUCAUCGAACCCGCGCACCUCGAAAGGGUCACUUCUCUCGAAAUGCUCGAGGGUAUGUUUCGACAGAUAAAAACCAUCAACGAACACAGCAACGCGCCGGGAGAUUAUUAUAGAUUUGUCCAGCACUGGAGCGUGUACGGGAUGAGCGUACCGAUGGCGUACAUUCAACGAGCUGGCAUGUAUCGAAACGCGAUGUGUUUCAAGCAAGCGCGCACGGACGCCGCGGCGGCACUCAUUUUGUUACAAGACGAUCCCUCUAUCGCCGUGAAGGAGGAGGAGAUGAGUUUCACGUAUAAAAUGGAUGACUUCGCAGCGUACUCUUACGACAAAGUCAUCGCGAAAGCUUGGGCAUGGUUCGAAAUGGGUGGUGCAUACGAGGAAGAGGGCGCUGGGGACGUGCGCUCAGCAGCUAAGUGUUUCGGUGCCAUCUCGCAGUUGGGUGUCAAAUAUCCCCAGUUCGCGAACGCGUUUAAGAGUAUAUGCUCUAGAAUGAAGGACAUCGACGCUGGAACGGUUCUGAGUGACAUUAACGACCAGUUCUGUGUCGCUGAGUAUGGUUUGCGCACCACUGUGACCGGCGCGGUCACGUACUUGGUUUCUGUCGCUGUUCAGUUUCGCAGUGGCACACUCGUAGAUUUCAGCUCUCGAACCCGGGACUGUUUCCGUGAAAGCGUCGCCGCGGCCGCGACGGUUGGUAAAGACAAAGUACUGAUCGAAAAUGUGCGUGCUGAUGAGCAGCAAGGAAUCGCAGUGACAUAUCGCAUCAUGACGGGUGAAGAUAAAUUAAAAUCAGAGGAAUUAGUGAUAAGGGCACAAUCGCUCGAGGUGAACCUACUCGGAGGGUCGCAGGUUGAGGAGAUCAUGGGAAAACCAUCUCAUGUAUCGAGCGAAGUGAAGGAGCUGAGGACCGAAGACUUCGUAGAUCACGUCAACAGCCUUCAACGAAUAAUCUUGUCGACUUUGAAGAGCGGUAAAGAGAUCGUUGUCGCCGAGAGGCCACCGAAGGAAAUGGAGCUUCCAUAUCGAACUUAUAAAUUAGUUUACAACGACGGUGUUCCCGUCGAGAGAAUCAAUAAAUCGGGGUAUAUGAUGUCCCAGGUGCAUUACUCGGCUCAAGGAAUGCACAAGCGUGAAGUCUGGGCCGAAAUGAUGGACAAGUCGUGCAGAUGGCACCAGAGUUCGUCUGAGAUCGCUGUACAGGCUCUGCGGGUACCGAAGGAUGCAAAGAAGCAAGAUCUCGACGUCUGCAUCACGACAUCCACCGUGAGAGUGUCGUGUCGCACGAGUGGAAGAACUUACCUCGAGGGAGAGUUAUUUCGCCCGAUCAUACCAGAAGAGUCAGCAUGGGUACAUCUCGGUGGAGAAGACGACGACGGCUUCGUGUUGUAUUUGAAGAAGAUGAACUUGGAGCUCUUCAAAGGGAAAGACUCCAAGCCGAGUGACAGCUGGUGGGAUCGUCUAUUUAAUUCUCACGGUGACAUUCGUUUCGACGACUACGACAAAGACUUCACGGAUCUCCCCGCACCCAUUGCAGAGACGAUCGCAAGACGAGAAGCUCUGUCCGACGUGACGUCCAGAAUUGAAGAGGGAGAGCACCAAGAGCGAGAGAAGGCGCGGGAACGCGAUGAUUUGCGCAAACGCAGCAGGCAAGAGCGGCUUGCGCAGCUCCGUGGGGGCAAGUUCUUGAAUUGGGUUGAUCUCAACAGAAGAAAUCCCGAACCGAAUCCGUUGGCCAAUAAUUCGGGUGGGGAUUGA